AUGUUUUUUAAAGUAUGUCCCCCAGGGUCCUAUGGAGUAAACUGCUCUGAAGACUGUCCAAAAGGCUUUUAUGGUCGUUUUUGUGAGGAAAAUUGCACAUGUACAGACACCUGUGAUAAGCAAUAUGGCUGUGUAGAAACAACUAGUGAGAGAAAUUUGGUUGUCAGUCAUGAUCAAGAGAAAACUCCCAGCAUAUCUUUCUUUUCCUCGGUGUUUAUUAUAAUGUUGGUGAUAUCUGUGGUAGGAAUAGUUAUCUGCUUCCUUGCUAUUUUUAGUACAACUGUUUAUUUCGUAAAAAGGUCCAGGGUAACAAGAUGGAGUAUUUACGCAUGUACUGCUGCAGCACAGGAAAUGCAACAAGAGGACUAUGGUGUGAUCUUAACAAAUAGGACAGAUCAACCUUAA